AAGCCCGCGGGUGCCCGGCUCGCGCUUCGGCCCGGCAGCGCGCGCCGGGACUGGGUCCGGAGGCCCCGGAGGAGGGACGGCACUUUCCCCUCCCGCCCUCCCGCGCCUUGCGUGCGACCCCAGGGCGGAGAAGCGGCAUGGAAGCCGAGGACCUCCAGGAGGACUUAACCUGCUCCAUCUGCCUGGACUAUUUCGAGGACCCGGUGUCCAUCGAGUGCGGCCAUAACUUCUGCCGCGGCUGCCUCCACCGCAGCUGGGCGCCGGGAGGCGGCGAGUUUCCCUGCCCCGAGUGUCGGCAGCCGUCGGCGCCCGCCGCGCUGCGGCCCAACUGGGCCCUGGCCCGGCUGACGGAGAAGACGCGGCGCCGGCGCCAGGGCCCAGUGCCCCCCGGCCUGUGUGGCCGCCACUGGGAAGCGCUGCGGCUCUUCUGCGAGGACGACCAGCGGCCCGUGUGCUUGGUGUGCAGGGAGUCGCAGGCACACCAGGCGCACACCAUGGCGCCCAUCGACGAGGCCUUCGCCAGCUACCGGGAAAAACUUCUUGAGACUCAGUGUAGUCUGACGGACAAGAUGAAGAAAGCCAUGCAUUUGCAGGACAUGGAAGUGAAAAAUUUUACUGAGUGGAAGACGAAGAUGAAGAACCAGCGAAUGAGAUUUGGCGCAGAGUUUGCAAAGCUGCACCACUUCCUGGCCGAAGAAGAGAAGCUGUUUCUUCAGAGACUGAGCAAGGAAGAAGAAGAGACAAAGAAGAAACAGAAUGAGAACACGUUAAAGCUCCAUCAGACGAUCACUUCCUUGAAGCAGCUCAUCCUAGAGGUCGGGAGGAAGAGCCAGAGCCCCACCCUGGAGUUGCUGCAGAAUCCAAAAGAUGUGUUGACCAGGAGUGAAAACCAGGAUGUGAACUAUUCCCCUGAAGUUCUAACAGUGAAGACUGUGUGCAAGAUACCCAUGAUGAAGGAAAUGCUGAAGCGAUUCCAAGUGGCUGUAAUUCUAGCUGAAGACACAGCCCAUCCCAAACUUGUCUUCUCCCAGGAAGGGAGAUUUGUGAAAAAUGGAGCAUCAGCCAGUUCUUGGCCAUUGUUUUCCUCAGCAUGGGGCUAUGUUAGUGGAUGGAGGACCCCUCCAAAGACCACACAAUCUGUGGAAAGAUUUCAGCACUUACCCUGUGUUUUGGGAAAAAACGUUUUUACUUCAGGGAAACAUUACUGGGAAGUUGAGAACCGAGAUAGCCUGGAGAUUGCCGUGGGGGUGUGUCGGGAGGACAUCAUGGGGAUUGUUGAUAGUUCAAAAAUGUCCCCCCAUGUGGGAAUCUGGGCUAUUUGUUGGAGUUCUGCUGGCUACCGGCCCCUAAUAAGCUUUUCUGUAAGUCCUAUCAAGCAAGAGCCUGCUCUUCACCGGGUGGGAGUUUUCCUAGAUCACGAAGCUGGGGACAUCUCCUUCUACAGUGCUGUGGACGGAGCGCAUCUACACACUUUCUCUUGUCCUCACAUCUCCUGUCUCCGGCCAUUUUUUUGGUUGAGUCCAUUAGCAUCUUUAGUUAUCCCAGCAGUGACUGGUGGGAAAUGAGGCUGGUCUUCCCCUGCCCAGGAAUCGCUGUCUGUACCCCAGCCUGGGACAUGGACCCCUCGGCCCUCUUCUUUACUCUGUACAUACUUGUCCAGGUAGCACGUCAGUACUGUCCAUUCAGAUUCCGGUUGACGUCUUGUUCAGCUCCCUGCAUGUGCUGUGCACAGACGAGUAUGGCGGACUCCGUGGGUGACCUUCCCAGCACCCACUUGCUCCACGGCCUGCCUUCUCUUCUGGUUCUUCCUCAUUGACCUGUUUGCUGUGCACCCUCCCUGUGCUUCAGGAGAGACACCUCUCCCCGAUGCAAGGCAAUUCUGGACAAUGAGCUGGGAUGAGAAAUGUUCCAAAAUGCUCUGAAGAAAGAUUUUAUAGCUUUAAAAAAGGUGUUUGAAGAGACACAGCCCCUCUUCUGACGUUAGCAGCUGUCUUGAAACUGAGCAGGGUGCAGUGACAGUGGAAAGGAAGAAGGAAUGUGGGCUUUGUUGGCAUUGUUGGACUGUUGGAAUUUCCUUAAUCCCCAAUUUCUUGUCAGGGGAGGUUAUUGCUCCCUUAAUGUAUAAGGCAAGUAAGGUUCCAUUUUCCUAUAGGAUGGUCUCUUUUCCUGAAACUUGACAGAUUUGUAGUCUCUUUCUGUUCAGUCAUGUAAUUCCUCUGCUCUCCAGUAAGUACAGAUACCUCCCACUUUUCCCGAUCAGAAAGUUGAGGGAAUCUUCCCUUACUCUGCCCAGGCUGUGCCUCUUCUUCACCCGACCACAUCUGUGCCCUCAAGUGUUCAUUAUGUUUCCAUCUGUCAAAUUCUUACAUUGCCUAUGCAGGGUAUUAACAUCACACCUAAAAUGUUGGGAGACACUUGCUAAGUAUUCACGCCACACUUCUGUUCUCUUCAGUAAUGCUUCCUAUGACUCCCACAGAAACUUGGUGUGAGACGGAAAUUAAAGUCCUCUUUUUACAUUAGGAAAACAGACCGUUGGGGUAGCUCACUCAGUACUGUUUAGCUGGCAGAUGGGAGAGUGUUGGGAUUAAAUCCAGAUUGGUCGGAGGUAAAAGCCUGUGCUCUUUUCUAGUCUUUGUAAUGCCCUCUGUAAGUAUUUAUUGAAUGUGGAUUGCAAGUCAGCAUCAUCUUUGCGCCAGGUUUUUAUUUUGUUAUGCAUUUUUAAUCCACGUAUGCAUGUUUUCCCUCAUUUAAUCUUUGUUGUCUAGAGUAUAAGCUCUCAGAAUUGUGAUAGGAACCGGGUAGUUAUUUUAAAAAUAAUGAUUGUUUUUCUCUGGUCAUAAAAGCUAUCCACUUAUGGUAGAAAAUUUGGAACAUACAGAAAGUGUAAAGAAGCUGAAAGUUUUUGGUAAUCUCACCACUUCUAACAUUUUAACGAGUUUCCUCCUAGACUUCUGUAGACUUUGGCGGUGAUUUAAUAAGGCUUCUUAUAAAACUUCCAGUACCCUCCCUAACACUUCUUUCUCUCCUAUGUCCCUGCCCAUCCUGGCUUGUAUUCCUCUUCAGCCUGAGCAACCUCCUCAUUCAAUGAUUUCUGCUGAAUUCUCCUUAAUUUCCCAAAGUACUUGCUGUUAGAAGUUGAAUUGUAUCCUCUAAAAAGAUAGGUUGUGGUCCUACCUGUGAAUAUGACCUUAUUUGGAAGUUAAUUUGAGGUCAUUAGGGUGGGCCCUAACCCAAUAGAACUGGCAUCCUAAUAAUAAUAGUAAUAAUAAUCUGUAGUGUGCAUGGAGGUGCCAUGUGAAAACACCGAGGGAAGAUGGCUGUGGGAGAGAGAUUGGUGUCAUUCUGCCACAAGCCAGCUGAAGGCUGCUAGAAGCUGGAGAAGGCAAGGAAGAACCCUUCUCUAGAAACUUUCGGAGGAGCAUGGCCCUGCCAACCCCUUGAUAUUGGAUCUAUAGCCUCCAGAACUGUGAGAUGAUAAACUUUUGUUAUUUUAAGCCCCUGGUUUGUGGCUUGUUAUGGAGCCCUAGGAAGCAAAUACACUUGCCCAUCAGGACUUCUCCAGUGCCUGCCUUGUUUGUUUCCAGUCCUUGGGAAACUUAUCACUACCUUUCUUCUAUCCUCCUCCUGAGCUGUUGAGCCAGGUACCUGGUUCUCCUACAAAGUCUUGCUGUCUGACUUCAGGUGGGCUCCUUGAGCUGCUUGGUAAACAAACUUUAUUUUUUCAUCCCUUGACUUCCUCUUACAUCUCUGGUAGCAGUGAUUCCAGACCAUUUCCUCCUCUCUCAAGGUUUCAUGAGCCCUCCUUCAUACUACUGUAGGGGAGGGAAACUUUACCUCUACCUGUCUUGGGUUUCAGCUGGGCCUCUAACAAGAAGUCAGAUUAACAAGUGAAAAACAGUUUAUUAAUACACGCAGCACACACCAUUCAGGAGAAACGUAAAAUGAAGAGUAACUCAAAGUGGAGGCUUAGAAUUCUGGCUUACAUAGUACCUCUAACGAAUAGCAAUACAUUUGUGGAGAGAUGACAGGACAAAGGAAGAAUGUCUUAGCCUUUGGGGUGUGGCAGUCUGUGGGAAGGUAAAUGCAUGUGAGGAAACUAGUGGAGGAAAUGUCUGUUUGCAGAUUCCUUCUUGGUGUUGUCUCCUGCAAAAAGAGAAUGUAUAUUCUGUCUGCAGGCAGAAAAAGGGGAGCUUUUUCUGGGUUUGCUGCUCUUAAUUGCCUUCAGCUCAAAAUAAUUUUUAUGCCAAAAAAAAAGGCAUAGUUUGGGCUGACACAUUC